AUGCGUAUUUUCAAGAAUAAAAUAAAUGACCUAUUCUGGUUCACAUCCCUUCUAUUGACACUCUUACCCUUCCUCGACCACAACGUCGCCGUCCAGGCACAAGCCCUAUGUGUCCCCGGUUCAAGCACAACGGCAAAGGCAGGUUGGAGUGUCAUCUUUUACAACUACAACGAUCUCCUAUGGGGUGUAUUCACCAACUAUCAAGACUUCUUAUCCGAUCCAUCCAGGUACGCUUCAGAGUCACAGCAGGGCUCCAUCACUGGUGUCAACUCCCUCAACUUCAAAGUCGUCCCCAGUAUCCUUUCGUUAUACUACGGAAAGAUCUACGGCGUCAAUAUCCUAUUGAGCAACUUCGUCGCCGAAUACACUGGUUUCUUUGUUCCUCCAACAUCGGGACAAUACACUUUCACAUUCACAGGGGUCGAUGAUAACGCUGCUUUACUAUUCAGUAGUACUAAUACUUUUAAAUGUUGUGCAAAUGGUGCAUAUGACUCUUCAUUCACUUAUAAUGUCGCAUUGUUCGCUUCUUAUAAUACUCAAGGCACGGGAAGUAUAAGUACCACUGUCACUCUACAAAAGGGUUUGGCAUACCCCAUUAAGAUGACUUAUGUCAAUAGAUUCAGUACUGGGAUAUUUAACGUCGCAUUCAAGGACCCCUCGGGCGCCACACAUACUGAUUGGACAGGAUAUAUUGCCAGUCAAGCAGAAGUCGCCUCUCAAUGUCCACCUUUCCCCAUGAUGACUACCACAACCACUUCUCAAUGGACAGGCACCAUCACUUCCACAACAACAACUACCACCAUCUAUACAGGUACUGAUGGGAAACCAACGGGUGGACAGAUUAUCAUUAUUGAAACUCCACCAUUCACUUUACCAUCACCUUAUCUUACCACAGCAACAACAAGAGGUUCCACUUGGUCCGGAGUAGUCGAGUAUUAUUCCACACAAUCUAAUGGGAAACCAGCAACGGGGACAACAACUUUCACCAUACCUCCACCAGUAACAUUCGCACCCGCUCCAACAACUGUAUCACCAACCACACCAAUCCCAUCCACUGGUUGUACAUCACCACCUCAAGUUCCCAAUUCAGGUGCCUUUAACAUUCGUUUGUUUUAUUUCAAUAGCAACGCAUAUCCUCCAAACUCCGAUUUCCAAUAUUUCUUGACAUAUCAAUACUCUAAUGCACCAACAUAUGGCACUACAAGUGGUAUCACCAAUAUUAAUUUCAAUAUACGCCCAAUCCCCAUCAUCGGUGAUUGGGGGACAUUAUACGGUAUAACCAUUCAAAUAACUUCGUUCGUCGCGGAAUAUACAGCAUUUUUCGUCCCACAAAUGACAGGUACUUACACUUUCAGAUUGGUCGGAAAUGAUGAUUAUGCUGCACUCUUCUUCGACCCAAGCUUAACUUUCCAAUGUUGCCCCGGUGGUGACAUUAAUUCUCCCUCUGUCUCAAAAUUAGCCUUGUUUCAAGCUUAUACCGUGCAAGGUGCAGGCACCUCCACGGUGAAAUUUAAUUUACAACAAGGUGUAGCAUACCCAAUUAAAUUAACUUAUUUGAACCGUCAAGGAACCGCUGUGUUGAAUGCAGGCUUCAUCGAUCCAGCAGGGACCACACAUACCGAUUGGUCUGGUCAUCUAGUCAAUUCCCUCAAUCUACCAAGACUAUGUCCCAAAUGGGCUACUACGACAAUAUACACACAGGGAACAGGAUCUGUAACAAUGACAAGAACUACAUACACUACAUUGGUAACGGGUGCAGAUGGACUCCCUACUUCCGAUGUCGUCAUCGUCAUUGAAACCCCUACGUCACAUGUAUCUACGCCAACUGUCUCUUCAACCUCCAAGACAGUGAGUUCCACUUCAAAACCAUCCGUAUCAUCACCAGUACCUUCUCCCAGCGUUAGCACUCCAACUCACACCAUUUCUAAGACAUCGCUCUCAAGUUUACCUGUGAUUUCAUCUUCAACCGUGAGCAGUAUUAGUAGCCAUACGGUGUCUACAGUUUCAUCGAAAAGCUCAAUUUCUAGUGUUUCCUCAGUUCACUCUGAGUCAACAUCUUCGACAUUUGUGUCUACACCAGACCCAACAAGUCCAAUUCCAACUUUUAGUGUUUCAUCUGCUGUCUCUUCAACUACAAGUAGCACUCCUGAUGUGUCUUCAGUGCCAUCGACGAGUCCAACUUCCGGCGUUUCCUCAGUUCAGUCUGAGUCGACUUCAACUGCUGUCUCUUCAACUAUCAGUAGCACUCCUACUGUGUCUUCAGUGCCAUCGACGAGUCCAACUUCCGGCGUUUCCUCAGUUCAGUCUGAGUCGACUUCAACUGCUAUAUCUUCAACUACAAGUAGCAUUCCUACUGUGUCUUCAGUGCCAUCGACGAGUCCAACUUCCGGCGUUUCCUCAGUUCAGUCUGAGUCGACUUCAACUGCUAUAUCUUCAACUACAAGUAGCAUUCCUGCUGUGUCUUCAGUGCCAUCAACGGGUCCAACUUCCGGCGUUUCUUCAAUUCAAUCAUCUGACCCUUCAAGUAGCAGUAGCAGUCCUGAUGUAUCUUCAUUGCCAUCUACAAGUCCAACUUCUAGUGCUUCCUUAAUACAAUCUGAGUCUAUUUCAUCUGCUGUUUCUUCAACUAUCAGUAGCAGUCCUGAUGUGUCUUCAGUGCCAUCGACGAGUCCAACUUCCGGCGUUUCUUCAAUUCAAUCACCUGACCCUUCAAGUAUCAGUAGCACUCCUCCUGUAUCUUCAGUUCCAUCAACGAGUCCAACUUCCGGCGUUUCCUCAGUUCAAUCUGAGUCGACUUCAACUGCUGUCUCUUCAACUACAAGUAGCACUCCUACUGUGUCUUCAGUGCCAUCGACGAGUCCAACUUCCGGCGUUUCUUCAAUUCAAUCAUCUGACCCUUCAAGUAUCAGUAGCAGUCCUGCUGUAUCUUCAGUUCCAUCGACGAGUCCAACUUCUAGUGCUUCCUUAAUUCAAUCUGAGUCGGCUUCAACUGCUGUGUCUUCAACUACAAGUAGCACUCCUGCUGUGUCUUCAUUGCCCUCUACAAGUCCAACUUCUAGUACUUCCUCAGAUCAAGCUGAGUCAAUUCCAUCGACGAAUCCAACUUCUAGUGUUUCUUCAAUUCAAUCACCUGACCCUUCAAGUAUCAGUAGCAAUCCUGCUGUAUCUUCAGUUCCAUCAACGAGUCCAACUUCCGGCGUUUCCUCAGUUCAAUCUGAGUCGACUUCAACUGCUGUCUCUUCAACUAUCAGUAGCACUCCUGAUGUGUCUUCAGUGCCAUCGACGAGUCCAACUUCCGGCGUUUCUUCAAUUCAAUCAUCUGAUCCUUCAAGUAUCAGUAGCAGUCCUGCUGUAUCUUCAGUUCCAUCGACGAGUCCAACUUCUAGUGCUUCCUUAAUUCAAUCUGAGUCGGCUUCAACUGCUGUGUCUUCAACUACAAGUAGCACUCCUGCUGUGUCUUCAUUGCCCUCUACAAGUCCAACUUCUAGUACUUCCUCAAUUCAAUCUGAGUCAAUUCCAUCGACGAGUCCAACUUCUAGUGUUUCUUCAGUUCAAUCUGAGUCGACUUCAAUUGCUGUCUCUUCAACUAUCAGUAGCACUCCUGAUGUAUCUUCAUUGCCAUCUACAAGUCCAACUUCUGGUGUUUCGUCUGCUGUCUCUUCUGAUACCAGCAGCAGUCCUGUUGGGUCUUCAGUUCCAUCGACGAGUCCAACUUCUGAUGUUUCCUCACUUCAAUCUAAAUCAACAUCUGCAACAGUUGGAUCUACAGUAGAACCAACAAAUUCCCCAAGUUCUGUCGUCUCAUCUCUGUUAACUAGCACAACUAUACCUACACUCGAAUCAACGAUUCCAAACUCAGAUGUAUCGACAGUCUAUUCUACUUCAACCUCUGCUACUAUUUCUUCCGAUUUGAGCAGUCCUACUUGA